AUCAUGAUGAGAAUUGAUGAUCGGACACGCUGAUUUCAUUGUCUGAGGCGGCAGUGGAGACCCAGGAAAAAUCUCGCUGAAUCCGCCUGCCCCAGCACUGGCCUGAUCUGGGAUCCUCUGAUCCCUUCCGUGACCGCACCACGCCCGAGAUGAAUCUACGUUCUGUAUUUACUGUAGAGCAACAAAGGAUUUUACAGCGUUAUUAUGAAAAUGGAAUGACAAAUCAAAGUAAAAAUUGCUUCCAGCUCAUAUUACAGUGUGCACAGGAGACUAAGCUGGACUUCAGUGUAGUCAGGACGUGGGUUGGCAAUAAAAGAAGAAAAAUGAGUAGCAAAAAUUCUGAAUCAGGAACAACUGCAACUGCUUCUGGUACCUCUUUGGCAGCUCCAGACAUUACAGUCAGAAAUGUGGUUAAUGCUGCUCAACCCUCAAACCAACAAUCUUGGACAUCAGCCAACAAUGACGUCAUUGUUACUGGUAUAUACAGUCCAGCCAGUUCGUCAAGUAGACCAGGGACAACCAAGCAUACAAAUACACAAAUUACAGAAGCGCAUAAAAUUCCUAUUCAGAAAACAACCAACAAAAAUGAUACUGAAUUUCAGUUGCACAUUCCUGUUCAAAGACAAGUAGCACACUGUAAAAAUGCCUCCCUGCUCCUGGGUGAAAAGACAAUUAUUUUGUCAAGACAGACAAGUGUCCUAAAUGCCGGAAACUCAGUAUACAACCAUACAAAGAAAAACUAUGGCAGCUCUUCAGUACAAGCUUCUGAAAUCACAGUACCUCAAAAGCCAUCUGUGUGCCACAGACCUUGCAAAAUUGAGCCCAUUGGGAUUCAAAGAUCAUAUAAGCCUGAACACACAGGUCUAGCAUCACACAACUUAUGUGGACAAAAGCCAACAAUUAGAGAUCCUUACUGCAGAACUCAGAAUUUGGAAAUCCGCGAAGUUUUUUCCCUGGCAGUUAGUGAUUACCCCCAGAGAAUUCUGGGGAACAAUGUACCACAGAAGUCUAGCUCAGCAGAAGGAACUUGUUUGUCCAUUGCCAUGGAGACAGGAGAUGCUGAGGAUGAAUAUGCCAGAGAAGAAGAGUUGGCAUCGAUGGGAGCACAAAUAUCAAGCUACUCAAGAUUUUAUGAAAGUGGCAGUUCCCUUCGAGCUGAGAACCAAAGUACAACUUUGUCUGGACCAGGAAGAAACAUGCCAAAUUCACAAAUGGUGAAUAUCAGAGAUUUGUCAGACAACGUACUGUAUCAAAAUAGAGACUACCAUUUGACACCACGGACCUCAUUACAUACAGCCUCGAGUACGAUGUACAGUACUACAAAUCCAUCAAGGAAUAAUUUUUCUCCACAUUUUGCAUCGUCAAACCAAUUGAGGUUAUCACAAAACCAAAACAAUUACCAGAUUUCAGGAAACCUUACUGUGCCUUGGAUUACAGGGUGUUCUAGAAAAAGAGCACUACAGGACCGUACUCAAUUCAGUGACCGAGACUUAGCCACACUUAAGAAGUACUGGGACAACGGCAUGACAAGCUUGGGCUCUGUUUGCAGAGAGAAAAUAGAAGCCGUUGCAACUGAAUUAAAUGUUGACUGUGAAAUAGUUCGGACUUGGAUUGGGAACCGAAGAAGGAAAUAUCGUUUAAUGGGGAUUGAAGUUCCACCCCCCAGAGGAGGCCCUGCUGAUUUCUCUGAACAGCCAGAGUCUGGUUCUUUGUCUGCACUCACACCAGGAGAGGAAGCUGGGCCUGAAGUAGGAGAGGAUAAUGACAGAAAUGAUGAAGUAUCCAUCUGUUUGUCUGAAGGAAGCUCUCAAGAAGAGCCCAACGAAGCUGUUCCGAAUGAGGCCACGACGCAUAAGGAGGAGGAUCACCAUGCAGAAUCCACAGAUAAUGUGAAAAUAGAAAUUAUCGAUGAUGAGGAAAGUGACUUGAUAAGUAAUUCCGAAGUAGAACAAGUGAAUUCUCUUUUGGAUUACAAGAAUGAAGAAGUCAGAUUCAUUGAAAAUGAGCUAGAGAUUCAGAAACAAAAAUACUUCAAACUUCAGACUUUUGUUAGAAGCUUGGUACUGGCUAUGAAAGCUGAGGAUAAAGAACAACAGCAGGCAUUGCUGUCAGAUUUACCUCCUGAAUUAGAAGAGAUGGAUUUCAAUCAUGCCUCACCGGAGCCUGAUGAUACCUCAUUCAGUGUGUCUUCUUUAUCAGAGAAAAAUGCCUCUGACAGUUUGUGAUUGGGGGGGCGGGGAUAUGUGAUGGAGCCUUUGGCUGCCUAACA